GCUCUGCUGGGGAAGAAACCUUGCUGAGGCUGUGCCAGCUACUGCUGUUCCCUGACACUGCUAGAAGGGCACCUCUGCUGCGAUGGGGAGGCAAAAGGAUGUUCUCGCUACUAUCGAGGAGCACCUGAGGAUCAGAAACAAAUUAGUGCGACAAGCUCUGGCUGAGUGCUUGGGGACCCUGAUCCUGGUGCUGUUUGGCUGUGGCUCUGUUGCUCAGAUCGUGCUCAGCAGAGGGACUCAUGGAGGCUUCCUGACUGUUAACCUGGCCUUCGGCUUUGCUGUGAUGCUUGGCAUUUUGAUCUCAGGACAAGUGUCAGGUGGACACCUGAACCCUGCUGUCACUUUUGCCAUGUGCUUCUUGGCCCGGGAGCCCUGGAUCAAGCUACCAAUUUAUGCCCUGGCCCAGACUCUUGGAGCUUUCCUGGGAGCUGGCAUAGUCUUUGGGCUCUACUAUGAUGCCAUCUGGGCUUUUGGCAACAACCAGCUGUACGUAACAGGACAGAAUGCCACUGCUGGGAUCUUUGCUACCUACCCAUCUCAGCAUCUGAACGUUGUGAACGGAUUCUUUGACCAGUUCAUUGGCACUGCCUCCCUGAUUGUUUGUGUCUUGGCUAUUGUGGAUCCCUACAACAACCCUGUCCCCACGGGUCUGGAAGCUUUCACAGUUGGCUUUGUUGUCCUUGUUAUUGGAACCUCCAUGGGCUUCAACUCUGGCUAUGCUGUCAACCCUGCCAGGGACUUUGGGCCUCGUCUCUUCACAGCCAUUGCGGGCUGGGGCUCUGAAGUGUUCUGGACUGGUAAGCAGUGGUGGUGGGUUCCAGUUGUUGCUCCUUUCCUUGGGGCUGUUGCAGGAGUGAUGGUCUAUCAGCUGAUGAUUGGAUGCCACGAUGAGCCUUCUCCACCUGCCUCUGAGCAGGAAACAGUCAAAUUGGCCAACGUGAAGCACAAGGAAAGGGUCUGAGGAAGCUGCCACCCAGGUCUGGCAGACAUUCAUUACUCAGGACUGCAGUUGGCCAAGAGGAGGGAGGAGUUGAGAAGAGCUUCGAGAACAACAGGAAGAGUUUUUUCCUGUCUUGAGAUAUUAUAGCUUUUUUUUUUUUUAUAUCCCUAAUGCAUUUGCUUUAGACACUUUCCUGUGAGCCUUUUCCCCAUGUGCAGUAUCAUGUAAUCUUUCCCUAUUAAAAGGGGCUUGAGGACUGUAGGAGUCAGGAGAGAAGUGGGCAUUGCUAUCCAACACCUCUGGCACAGGCCUCAUGUUCAGGAAUUUGGGAUCUCCUGGGCUGAAUUGUUGGCCUGGCCUGUGAGUAUGGCAAACUGCUUCCCUCCCAACCUGUGUCCCCAUCUGCUGCCGAGUGGGGACCAUGCAAAAUUAUAUAUAUAUAUUUAGCAUGGAAUAGAAAAUACAACAACUUGGAAAAAAAUUCCCUGUGAUUCUAUGAUGGAUCAAAUCCAUGCUUGGUGUUGCUCUAAAGCCAAUGACUUGACACCAGGAAUGGACUUGUCUAAAAGAUUUUAAUUGGCUAAUCCUUUUACAUUUCCCAUGAGCUCCCAAAAGAUCGUAUCAAUCCAUUUGAUCCAUAAUGUCAGAAUGGAGAGUGAGAAUGCACUGGAUUUUAAUAAAAUACUAAGACAAAAUGUUUACAAGCCACUGCAACCUGGUGUUUUAAUCACAAUUUUCAAUAUUGCCAACUCAUGGAAGAUAAAAUAAGAAAUUCUUGUUUUAGUUGGGGAUAACCUGGAAAGAAUGCUUAGCUCGCUGUAGCAGCCUUUCCAAUUAAUCAGCUUUGUAUAUAUACUGCAAGCAGCUAAUAGCCAAGUUCCACUGAAAACAUGGUGUUGUUAAAGUUUUGUGUUUUCAUGUAAAUUUCACAAUAGUAUUUUUUUUUUUAAUAGAGAUAUAUAAAUGCACUCCUUAAAAAGCUGUUACCACAUACCUGGGUUGGGAUGAGUUAAGUUAAUUUAAAGAUGUGUGGGAAGUGCCUGUUCUCUGACAGCUUUGAGAUACUGUUGGAUUUUCCCUGGAUAGCCUUAGAUCAUGGAAAUUUGCUGUUGGAGCAUUUUGUUUUCUACCUUGCAGAAUUGCUGGGGCAUCUCUGGAACUCACAGCACUCUUACCACAAUAUUUCUGAUGAGAGCCUGAGUUCAGGCACCUCCUAUACUAGCAGUGCUGGUGUGCCAGAGGAUCUCUGGUGCUCUCAAUGCCGUACAGAGUAUUUGAAAUGAGCAGUAUCAGUUGUGAAAGAAUUUGUUGGUCCCAUGGCAAUGCGUUAAAAGAAACAGGCUUCAAAAGAGUUUCUUUAAUCUGUGAACUCCUUGAAAUAUGUAACUUUGUAUACAUUUCCAAUCACUGAAAUUAUGUAUUCUUUUUUUUGCCUUUUUAAAAAAUAAAAUGUCAAUACCCACACU